GUCGGCGCUGAUGCCCCCCAAAAACUUGGUGCCUCGCGUGGGGCUUGACUAAUGGACACUUCAUUGAUCUCCCGACAACUUGGAUAAUCCGGACCGGGACGGACAGAUAUAGAAGACAGCGCUGCAAGGUGCCAGAUCAUGAGCGAUGAGUCACCUGUAUGGGAAAAUAUAACUGACAGUUCUACGGCUACACCCGGGGCACCCACUCAGGAUGGGUACGUCUUGCUCCUGGUUCUGUUGUCCAUCUUCAUUGGAGGAACACUCCUCCUCAUUAUUGGGGUCUUGAUCCUUUGCAGGCGCUGUUGUGAAUCACGUCUUAGACUUUCCAGACCCAGUGAUGAUGCAGAAAAAACAAACACUUCCUAUGUGGAUGAAUCCCAACCCUCACAUGAUAUAACUAUCAGGAUAGAGGAUGCAGAAUCUCUUUCAGCAUCAGGCACCCGGGAUGUGGAGACAGAGAGAUUCCUAGGCACUGUGUCUAGUGGUCGACGGGUCUCAUUCAAUGAGAUAGCAUUAUGUGGACAAGAAAAGAGAGCACGUGAAAGAGGAAGGAGAUACACUUUAACAGAGGGAGAUUUUCACUAUCUAAAGAAUGCCCGACUGACACUCCCCCCUCUUCCUUCAUUACCGCCAACUGCCCUGCACAUUCUAACGAUACAUGAAAGCGAAGCCGGUGAAAGUAGUAGCAGCGGUGGAGCAUCAGACACACAUCCCACCUCUCCAAGUAAAUCCAACAUUUCCAUAUACCAGCCUCCUCGAAGUCCUCCUGCACCUCUUACUAGACUUUCACUCAGCUUAACAUCUGCACUUCCUGGAGAUGCAUACAACUCUGUUGCAGAUACAAGUUUUAUGGAAACUGCAACCCGUAGUCCAUCAUCCACUAGGCAAAGCCCUACCAACACCAGGUUUGACCUCAGCAGUCAUCUUCCUCAGGGUGGCACUAGCUCAGAUGCAGGUGGCACACGAAGUCAUGGUGCUGUCCUUCACUUCUUCAGUCGUUUACGGCGUCAUGCAAGCUUAGAAGGAGCGAGCCCCUAUCUAAAAAUGAAAAAAUGGAAACUGGGCAGUGUCCAGAGAGCGAGCAGCCUAGACACCAGAGGUUCUCCAAAGCGGCAUCAGUUUCAGCGACAGAGAGCAGCAAGUGAAAGUGCAGAACGUGAUGACAUCAUACAAUACAUAGCCCACACACAAGAUACUAGUUUCACCUCAAACCAAGGAACUUUCAUCCAGCAGCAUGGCACUCCACCACAUUCUCUCGGCAGGCUAGACCAUGGAGAUGACGGAUCACUGGCUGAUGUAGGAAGCACAGAACAUGGUCAACUUCCUCCUCAGUGUGACAUCUGGAGCCUACGUGCAUCACUGGAGCUUUGUGCCUCUGAUCAAAGUAGUAGCAACAAUGAUCGCGAUUCUGUUCGCAGUGAUGCAGAAAGCAUUAGCUCUCUGAGUGGACUCCCUAGCCUUCCUUCCCAAGAUCUGCCUGAUGUUAAGUCAGGAAAAGGACAAGAACCAGAAACUGGAUCUCGAAAGCUUUUACAGAUGGACAGUGGCUAUGCCUCUAUUGAAGCUCCUUGUCGACCACCAGAGGAGUCAUGCAGCCCCCAUCGGGACAAGACUGCAUCUGAAAAAAGACUGUUUUUCACACACGCAGGGCGAAAAGGGACAGUAUUUGAAAGUCUGGAAGGUCGUUUAUAUGAACAAGGUGCUUCAGGUGGAGAGGAAGACAAUUGGUUUCCACAACACACUCCAUCACUCAGUCCACGUGAGACACUUUCAAGACGAGAUUAUAGCAUAGAUGAAAAAACUGAUGCCUUGUUUAAUGAGUUCCUUCGGCAUGACCCACAGUAUGAUGAUUCCCCCCUCCGCAUUAAGCAUCGUUCUCGUGCUCAUGUGCGCAAACAGUGGCAGAGGACGAAGCAGUACAGUGAUCCAGGUAUCCGUUUCCCUUCUGCCUUGGACAGACACCGUGCUUCCCCUUUACGUCGAGGAGACAGCACUAGCUACCUUCCAGACACACGAUACCAUAGUACACUACCACGAAUUGCAAGUACUACAGAUGAGGAAGGACCAGAUGGCUGUCCACUAAGCCCAGCCUCACUCACACCUGAAGACAAAAUUCAGGCUAUUGAGGAGGAGCCAAGUGAGCAUGGGCCUGCCCCUGAGGAACCUAGGCCUCCUGCAGAAAACCCUGAUCAAGAUUAUGGCUAUGGCCCUCAAACUACAGAACUGCUAGACAAAAUAGGUGCAGGACUUGAGGAACGGUUGUACCCAAUUGUGCAGAGGACAGCACGUAGUCCUGAGAGGCUUUGCACAGUGGCACAUAUUUCACCUGAUCACAGUCCUGUGUAGGA